AUGAGUUCCGCAAACCGAGGGUGGUUGCAGGAGGGUAUGAUUCGCGGACACAUGCUGGGCAAGAACCUGCUGCCCGGCGACGAAGAGCUCGGCAAGAAGGACGACGACCACAGAUAUCUUCCCGCGCGGCGGACGGGCUGGUCGAUAUGGAACCACAGUUUUCGCUGGCGGCGGCGAAGGAUAUUGCUGGUUGUCGCAGGGCUGGCGCUGGUGUAUAUGAUUAUGAAUGGUGCUGGAAAUGUGUCAAGAAGAGCCAGCACGACGGGAUAUGAGGCGUCGUAUGCUUCCGAGGAUGGCAACGAACCGACCGGACCGCCCAGGGGAGUGCAGGCGCUGGACAAUACGACGCCGCAUACAUUCGACGGGCGCAUACGAUACUACCGCCUCGCGCGCUCUCUGCGCAAAUCUGCGGCGAGGACGGACGGAUACGAAGCAAUCAACCGGAACGUCCUCUUCGCCAUGGCGAGUUUGAAGAGCGCCGCGACUCUCCUGCCGAUGGUGUGCGAAAUGUCCAAGUGGAGUAGGAAUCACGUACACGCCGCCUUCAUGGGCAGGGAGGACAUCUCCAUCGACGACAUUCUGGCGAUAAACGGAGUGGACAAGGAAAAGUGUCCGGCCAUGUGGCAUGAUGCGCGGCCAGACUUUAUGGAGUACAGCAGCGAUGCGCGUGCCCAGUCGGCAGUCAUCGGCGGCAUGUCGCACAUCCAGAGCAUGGUGCAUCCGCAAGUCGCCAUCAUGGAUGACUCGACAUCUGAAGAGGGCUUUUUCGUGCAGGGCAUGCGGAAUAAGACCAACAAGCUGGGCAUCCCGCUCAUCGAGCUGCCGAAAGACAAAUGGGAAAACUUCAUGUGGAUGACACGGCUCGAUACAGGAUCUCUGCGGCACUGGCAUGAACCAACCGUGGAUAUUCUGAUACAAGUACCGCCCGAGUCGUCGAGCGUGCUGCGACUACUCAAGUCGAUCAAGGAUGCCGAUUACAGCGGUCUGAAGCCGCCGCGCAUCAUUCUGGAGCUACCAGCCCAACUGGACGAGUCAGUCAAGAAGCACAUCAAGAAGUUCAAAUGGCCGCCACACGAUGCUCACCCGCUUGAAUCGAGUGGCUUGGUCAUCAGACGGCGCAUCAACAGCCACCGCGCGACGCAAGAAGAUGCUGCGAUUCGCUUCUUGGAGCUCUUCUAUCCCACCAGUGCGAGCAAGUCGCAUGUCUUGCUACUUUCGCCCCAAGCACAGCUCUCGCCGUUGUAUUACCACUUUGUCAAGUUUGCGCUGCUCGAAUACAAGUUCUCCAGCUUUGGCGAGGAGGAUAGCGCCAGCCUGAUGGGCAUAAGCCUCGAGCUGCCACCAGUCCUGCUUGACGGCAAGACGCAGCUUACUCCACCGACCCUUGAGGACAUGAACACGAAUCGAUACAAAAGACUGUCCCAAAAUACGCGCAAUUCGCCUUUCCUCUGGCAAGCGCCGAACAGUCACGCGACACUCUUCUUCGGAGACAAGUGGGCAGAGCUGCACUCCUUCCUUAGCAACCGCGUUGUCAAACACCAAGACUCGCCCAAGACUACAUCCCGAAUCAAACUCGUCUCCGAAACACUUCCCGCGUGGACAGAGUACAUGCUCGAGUUCAUGCGCGCCCGAGCUUACGCGAUACUAUACCCCGCCAAGACUUCAGAGGCACUUGUCACUGUCCAUAAUGAGCUUUAUCACGCACCCGAAGAAUUCAGCCCAAGAUCAGAAGAAGAAAAGGAACAUCAAACGCAGUCGCUUGACGAGCCUUUCCUCCGCGCUGAGCAUCCUCAACGCCCCGUUAAGCAAGACGAGUCCAAACUCGUCCCCUACUCAAAGCCCCUCCACCUCGCGCUGCCCUUCGAAGGCGAUCUCCCCGAGGUUCCCCACCUCCCCCACCUUCUUUACAACGGUGAGAAGAUCCCUACUCCCAACAUCUCUCAAGUUGCACUGGACUACGCCAACCAAUUUCGGAGAGAAGUUGGUGGCUGUACGAUCCCCAAGGGAAAGCACCGGAAGAUUGUGCCUGGAGAGGCGGGCGACCUGUUUUGCUGGGGCGAUGAGGAGGAGAGCGAGUGGGUUGAUGAUGUUGAAGAGAAGAUUCUGAAGGCGCAGGCGAAGGAUUGGAUGAUGAAGUUGGGGGAUGAGGAUGAGCCUGCAACGGCGUUGCCUGAGGAAACAACUAGCACGAGUACGAGUACGAGGACGAGGAUGAGGGAGCUGAGUAGGCCUACUUUGGUGGUUGAGGCGGAUUAUGAUUAG